AUGGCCUUUUGUAAUAAUGAAGAUACACAUAUAGGAGAAAUAAGUUAUAAUGAUUGUAACUAUAAUUCUGAUACAACAGCAAGUGCUUAUUCCAGUUCAAGUGAAAAUAUUAACGAAAUUCAAAUAAAAAUAAAAAGAGCGAUUGAAAAUCGAAUAUUAAAUGAAACGAAAAAGACAGGAAAAAGAAAAUUACAUAGUUGUAAUAAAAAUUCAAAAAAAAUAAAAAGCAUGAAAAUUGAAGAAAUGGACAAUUGUAAAAUAAUAGCUAGAAAAAUAUUUUUUUUUAAAGGUAAUCAAAUAAGAGAAAACGAAAACCAUAUUAUACAUUUAGAUGGUACAAAAAAUGAUUAUAUUAAUUGA